CGCGUUAAAGGGACAUUGACCAUUGUGUGUGCGUGUGUGUGUGUGUGCGUGUCUCUGUGUCUGUGUGUGUUGGUGCGUGUUGUGUGUGCGGAGUGUUUUGUGUGUGGGUGUGUCUGUCUUCUGUGUUUCAACCUUUUCUUGUUUUUGCAGGUACAACUUUGAUUGUUUUGCUUGUAGUCAAUGUGUCUCAUGUACAGCUGCUUUGUAACAAUGAAAAUUGUAAAAGCGCUAUAUAAAUAAAGUUGAGUUGAGUUGACCAAUUUAAAUGUUUUACGUACCACGGAAGUUUAACCUGCGGUUCGUGCUAUUUCAGCUGUUUAAUUAUUGUCACUCACUAGAAAACAGCUUAAAUUACGUGCAAAUUAAGUUUGUUGUCAUUUCAGGAAAUGGACGAAUGUCUGAGAGACAAUUCAUGGAAGUGCCAGUGGAGGUUUGGAGAGAUAAGAGGAAAUCUUUCUCAGCAGACGAAGAUCCGAGCAGCAUGGACAUUCGGAUGGACAUCGCACUCCUAAAAGAGCAAUACAAUUCCAUUAGAGACAAACAGAGACGAGAACCUCAAGUGGUGUGUUUCAAGAAAGAUGUAAACAGUGAGGAGAUAAGCAGCAAAGCUCUAGUGGAUGCGGUUCCUGUGGCCCAGAUCAAACAAACACCUUUAUCAGACACUUCUGUCCUAGAAACCCAGUUUAACGCCACUGAGGAUUCUGACAGCGGCCUGUGGCGCACACACCUGGAUGUGUACCGCAUGACACACGCAUCCAACAGCACCGAACAUGCCAGUCACACGUCAGACUUCAGUGAUGAUGUCACAGAUGAUACUGUGUCCACCGAUGACUCCAGCACAGAUUUAAGAGAGUAUGUAUCUCAGGACUCGGACACCUGCGACAGAAACCACAGUCUCAACAACAGCACGUCAAUGACCAGCAGCGGCCUGAGCUCCAGAAAGAUGUCCUCGCCUGCACGUCUGUCCCGUCAGCUGAGUUUUGGGAGCUAUCGGUCCUGUCCCACACCUGCAGGAUCACAAUAUUACCCCUUCCCUCAGAUGAAAUGUCUGAAGAAGUCUGAGACAGCCAGGAGGCUUGGCUUGUAUUCUUCAUUUUAA